AUGGCGGGGGCCGGGAGUACUGGCCGGGCAGCCGCCACCAGGGCAGAGCGCAGAGCUAUCGAUGCGCGCGGCGCUCGAUUCCUCUUCAGACCGGCGUGCGGGGAGGGAGCCGCUGAGGGCGGUGUGGGAAGAGGGAAGCGAGGGAGCCUGCGAGCGCCGCCGGGGAGAAGGAGGGGGCCGGGCCGGCGGCGGAGCAGCGGGGGCCGGGCCGGUGGGGGAAGCGGGUGGCGGGCGGCGGUGGGUGGGGGAGCCGGGCCGGCCGAGCAGGGGGGUCUGGGCGGCGCCUUGGCGGGGCGGGGAGGAGGCACCGCCGGACCCACGCGGCGGCCGGCCUCCGGGCUCUCGCCGCAGAGUCCAGCCCGCAACCGCAGACUCGGACCCGGGCCGGCGCGCAGUGGGCUACCCUGCCGCACCCUCUUCGGGUCUACUCGGACAAGCUUCGGAAAAUCCAGCGCCCCUCGGGGUCGGCUGCACUCGUGCACGUUCAUUUACUGUCAUUUACUGCAACACCUGGUACCAGGUAGAAGAGAGAGAAGAGAGGAAGUGGAAGACAUGAACGGGAAAAGAAUACACCUACUCUAUGUCAAGUCGUUGAAGCAAGUCCUCUUUUUGGCAGAUUCUUCUUUGUCAAACGAAGAUGAUUUGCCUUGUCAGACGUCCAGUGAAAGCUAAGAUACAGGAGUUUGUGAAUGUACCAAAAUAUACGAGGACCAGCCAUUCAGAUGCUGAAGACCCAGAAGAGUUUCUUGGUUUUCACUGCAAAGUUUUUUGUCUUUCAGGAUCUUGAAGUACUUUACAGACAUUACUUAAUUAAAUUUCCCAGAAUGCCAAGGAAAUAUUUCCAAAUACAAUUUUUUGUGCGUUUUGCAGACAGUUGAACUGACAGGGUGGCAGGACUUGUCCUGGCUUGAAGAA